AGGCGUGUUCUGUGCAGAGUAAAAACCUGCACAGGUGAGAAGCUUGGUAAGCCAGGUAUACUAGCAACAAUCUACAAGUGACUGCUGUGAAAUCUUACGUCAGCUAUGAUCUACGAGGAAAAAGACUGCCUGAGAACACUUCAUUAAACAGUUUACCCUGCAGGAAUUCUUCAACAUGGCUAUUGUUUCUUUCUCAGUUGUGGCCUGUAUCAAUGGACACUGAUAUGGACUACGAACGACCCAAUGUGGAAACCAUAAAGUGUGUGGUCGUAGGAGACAAUGCUGUGGGCAAGACGCGACUCAUCUGCGCAAGGGCAUGCAACACCACCUUAACGCAGUACCAACUCCUGGCCACCCAUGUACCUACAGUAUGGGCAAUUGAUCAGUACCGUGUCUGCCAAGAGGUCCUCGAGCGCUCGCGGGAUGUGGUCGAUGAAGUGAGUGUUUCGUUAAGGCUGUGGGACACCUUUGGAGACCAUCACAAGGACAGACGUUUUGCCUAUGGACGAUCUGAUGUGGUUGUCCUGUGCUUCUCAAUCGCAAAUCCCAACUCCUUAAAUCAUGUAAAAACCAUGUGGGCUCAGGAGAUAAAGCAUUUCUGUCCUCGCACCCCUGUCAUACUGGUUGGCUGCCAGCUGGACCUGCGAUAUGCCGAUCUUGAAGCAGUUAAUAGGGCAAGACGACCACUGGCUAGACCUAUAAAAAGAGGAGACAUCUUGCCACCAGAGAGAGGACGAGAAGUUGCAAAGGAACUUGGUAUUCCAUAUUAUGAAACCAGUGUUUUUGAUCAGUUUGGGAUAAAGGAUGUUUUUGACAAUGCAAUCAGAGCAGCUUUGAUCUCUAGAAGACAUCUCCAGUUUUGGAAGUCUCAUCUAAAGAGAGUUCAGAAACCUUUUCUCCAAGCACCAUUUCUUCCACCCAAAUCACCACCACCAGUUAUUAAAAUCCCUGAAUCCAGUGAACCAAACAUGAAUGAUGCUGGAAAUUUGUUGGACAAUUCAUUGUGUGCAGAUAUCAUGUUUGUACUUCAGGGCCAAAAACAAAUCUUCGCUCAUAAAAUUUACCUUGCUACCUCCUCUUCAAAAUUUUAUGACCUUUUUUUAAUGGAAUACGAACAGUCUCAGAAUUCUGCUGACAGGCACUGCAAGAAAGAAAAGCCUACCAAGGACUUGCUAAUGAGGACAUUAAGUCUUGAUACAGAUGAGGACACAGAUGGGGCUUCCUUGAAACCUUCAAAUGCCUGUCUUCGGAUAUCAAGAAGUGAUGAUACUUUACUUACUACAGACUGUGAAGGAGAAGCUUGUGUUGCACUGUCGACAUGGAGCAAAGGCUUUCUUAGCAUGCACCAAGAAUUGAUGGUCAACCCAAUUUCAAACAGAACUUGUUCAAUGACUGUGGUCCGAAUGGACUCUUCUAUACAGUAUGGGCCUUUUAAGACUGUGCUACGGUUUCUGUACACAGGACAGUUAGAUGAAAAUGAGAAGGGUUUGAUGAGAGUGGCACAAAUUGCAGAAAUCUUAGAAGUGUUUGACUUGAGAAUGAUGGUGGAAAACAUUACAAAUAAAGAAGCCUUUAUGAACCAGGAGAUCACAAAAGCAUUCCACGUCAGGAAAGCAAAUCGAAUCAAGGAAUGUCUUUCCAAGGCAACCUUUUCUGAUGUGACCUUUAAAUUGGACGAUGGAAGCAUCAGUGCCCAUAAACCACUUCUAAUCUGCAGCUGUGAAUGGAUGUCUGCAAUGUUCGGAGGUUCCUUUGUAGAAAGUGCAAAUAAUGAGGUCAUACUUCCUAAUGUAAGCAAAUCAUCAAUGCAAGCAGUCCUAGACUAUCUGUAUACUAAGCAGCUAUCAUGCACACCAGAGAUGGAUCCAUUGGAGCUGGUUGCAUUGGCCAACAGAAUCUGCCUUCCACAUUUGGUUGCUCUCACAGAACAGCAUGCUGUGCAAGAGCUGACCAAAGCUGCAAUGAAUGGGCUGGAUAUUGAUCAAGAAGCGCUGACUUAUCUGGAAUUGGCUCAGUUUCACAAUGCACAUCAGCUGGCUGCCUGGUGCCUGCACCAUAUCUGCACGAAUUAUAACAGCGUUUGCUCCAAGUUACGCAAAGACAUCAAAGCAAAAUCUGCUGAAAAUCAAGAAUAUUUUGAAAGACAUCGAUGGCCACCAGUGUGGUACCUGAAAGAAGAAGACCACUACCAGCGAGUGAGGAAGGAAAGAGAGAAGGAAGACAGUGUCCUUAAUAAACACCGGUCAAAACGCAAGUGGUGCUUCUGGGGCUCCUCAUCCGCGGCCUUCGCCUAAGCAAUGACUUCAUUGCAGACUUGAAAAACACAUGUGUAUGAAUUUGUCUUAAUGUUCAAACAAGCUGUACAGUAGUUACCUUUUUGAAGCACUGAUUUCAAUCCACGUGUGUGCAUUUAAUGUUUUUAUAAGAUCAAAGCACAAUUCACUUCAAGCAGGUCAAAAAGCUUGUUACUUUCAGCUGGAAGGGGGUUCCACGUGGACCCCUUGUGUCACUGGAAAGGUUUGAGGCAUGAAUAGGCAUCAAUCACCGAUUUUUCAGAAUGGUCAUCUAUUGACUAAGUAAGGCGUGUGGAGGAAAAUACAUGACACUAAAUACAGGGAUCUCUAAUUUUGGAGCAAAUAAGCCAAUACAAAGACAAGCGCUUAUGCAUUAUAUUGUUAUACUGCAGAGUGCAAGCUCCAUCUGUUCUGCUCGUACUGUGUUCUUUAAAAGUUGGGAUACCAUGCAAGAUAAUUGUUUCACGUUAACCUCUGUCUAGGACAAUCAUGUUCAAAGCUAUAUGUGCUUAUGUUACUGCUUAAAUCCCAGCCCCUCGAAAUCAAUAAGAAUCUUCAAAUUCAGGUAUUUUUUGAAUGAAUAAUUAGCCUGCAUGAUCAGCAGUUACAGUGAUGCAGAAUUUGCCUGUGCCGCUUAUAAAAUAAUCUAGCUAGUUCCUGAGAGGAGGGUCACCUCAGGGCAGGCUAAACAAAUAUGAAGGCCCAAGGUGAAUGUAAAAUGUGAUGGAGCUUACAAUGCUAAAAACUCAACCUGAAUCAGUAGCAUUAGGUUUUACUUAGCUUGUGGCCUCUAGCCUCAGUGGCUUUACCUUUAAGCGAACCCUGAGCAGCCUGUUGCCCGUGUUAACGUUAUAGCAAUGUACUCUGCUUAGUUUAAAUUUUUUAGUAGCAAGCGUUGCUUUGGAAUUCUCAAGGAUCUGGCAAAAAGGCACGAUUUUGCAAAUAAGGCACUUUUUUUUUUUUCUGCUCACUAAAAAUCUAAAAUUCUUUGUCUCUUUAUCUUUAAAAAGUAGAUAAAAUGAAUAGUUAAGUGUUAAGAAUAGAGAAGAAAUCCCAACAAACUAAGUAAUAAUUUUUGUGUUUUCUGUAUAAGCAGAAAUGGAACUAUUAAUAUGUAGGAUGUGGACACUACAACCCAGCAGUGACCUGGUUUCCAUUAUCACUGGAAACUUUCAUUUUUUAUACUGUCUUACUUUGAAUAUAUCAAUAUUCAUGUUAUGUGAAAUGCCUACGUUAGACUGGAAGGGCUCUAUUCACAGGGAUAUUCAGGGCAACAUAUAAACCCUAUUCGCAGACAAACCUAAAUACGUAUCUGCUUCUCAUGUAGAAUCAUGCAUUUAUUAGCCGUGGUCUUCCACCUUCCGUGCAGAGAAGUAAUGAUUUAAAGUGAACCUGGCCAGACUUUUUCCUGAAGCUCUAUGUGCUUUAUACUGUGAUGAUAUAUACAGGAUGAUGUUUUUUUGAUUCUUUUGCUUUCUUAGGUGUAGAAUAUACCUGUCCCAUGCAUCCUGCUGUUUCCUGUAAUCUAUCAAUGCAGGCUUGCCAUCUUGGGUUUUUAGACUAGAAAUCUUUAUGUGUGAUAGACAUGUCACAAUUAAAAUCCAGGACUCCUCAGGGACUGUAAAAGGCCCUUUCACACCUAGGUGCAUGCAGUAACAUAUGUACAGUAUAUGUAGUGCAUUACUGUAUGUCUUUUCACAGGCACUUAUGCAUGCCUUUAAGGGCCAAAUGCAGCCAAUUAUUAUUUUUUGCUUUUGUUCUGCACAGAGUAAGGAAAGGUUGUAUGUCACAAAGAAAAUAGAAAUCUCCCAAAUAGGGACACAGACGGCAAUAAAUACCUAACAGUAGUUAAGGCUCUAAAUAAAAAUAAAAAUGUUGGCCAGAACGUGGCUUCAAGGAAAAUGCUACAUAUUUUAUUUUAUAAGCUAUAGGUCUGAACUAGCCACAUAGUAAUGAAUGGCCUUUUUUACCUGACUACAUGUUUAUGCGAUAAAAUACUUGCAUUUUAUGGCAGGUAAUAGACCCUUGAAUGGGCCUUUAAGACACCUUUUACACUGGGGCGUUUUUUAGGCGAUUUAGCGUUAAGAAAAGCGCCUGAAAUAAGCUGCAUCUGCAAUCCCAAUGUGAAAGCCAGAGUGCUUUCGCACUAAAGCGCCUGAAAAAUGCCCCAGUG